AUGAUUGAGAGGAUAUUAUGGAUAGACGCCGUUUGCAUUGACCAGACCAACAUCGAAGAGCGAGGAGAACAGAUUCAGUAUAUGGCAGAGAUCUACUCCAAAGCAAAUCGUGUAAUUGUGUGGCUCGGUGAAACAGCUGACAAUAGCGAUCAGGCUCUUAAGAGCAUACGAAUGGCAGCAGAUGAGGAGCACCAAUCGCUCCAGAAGGAUACGGACAAACAGGCGGUUCUGACUAUACUGGAGCGCCCAUGGUUUCGACGAAUAUGGAUUCUUCAAGAGGUUGCUGCUGCUCAGCAUAUUGUCAUGAUGUGUGGUUCUACAAGAAUUGAUGGCAUGAAUUCACUGGGUGGCAUAUCUUUAGAUAUACGUCCUCUGGGCGCGCUCAUAGAUAUGUACCACACACACGAGGCCACUGAGCGCCAUGACAAAAUAUUUGCUCUCCUAGGAAUGAGUUCUAAUGAUCCGACCACCCACGGAUUAUUGCCCAACUACAAAACGCCAUGGGACGAACUUAUGGCACAACUUGUCAAGUUUAUACUAGGCGACCAGGUAUUUGUCAAGUCGUGGAUGCAGCAGGAGGCGACUGUGGUAUUUGCGAAAGGAUGUGUUAUUGGCAUCGUGUCCUCGGUUCAAAUGGCGCAUGACGAUUCUCGUGGAGACAAGCAGCACGUCAAAUUGAAGAUAAGGGACGUCCCUGGGCCAUCAUGGACCAUCCAAGUGGCGGGGAAGCCAAUCGAGGCUGGCGACCUCUUCUGUCACUUACUUGGAGCUACAAAACCCAUGGUCAUUAGGCCGCGCCAUGACUAUUUUACGAUCAUUCUGGUUGAAUUCACUGCUCCAAAAGAUGACAGAAUGGAAAAAAUGGACUUAGAGCGGCUAGAACAGCUAGAGACUUCCUCUGUACAUGAUUUCCUCCUUGUAUGGGAUUGGAAUAGCUCCGAUGAGGUGACGACAAGUCGAGAUUAUGAAUCAUGGAUGACAAGUCGAGUGCCCGAGUACUUGUAUUCAGAAGAAGAGUCGAGAAAUUAUCCUGACAAGCAAACGCGACUGGGGAUUAUGGCUCUGAUUAUGAGCAAUGCAGGGAGCAACGACAAAACUAUAAUCGACACUCUCCAAUACAUGAAGAAUGCUUUCGCAAGAGACUUUGGAGAAGCGGACCGACGAACACUGACGUGUAUGAGCAAACUUGCCUUGAUGUACGGAAGAACAGGCCAUUUAUGGGAAGCUGAGAGCGAGUUUUGGCGAAUGUUCUGGACGAGGAUGAAUUUGCAAGAGAGACGUGAAGAUAUCGUCAGAGAAGUGACCAAUUUUGUGGCAAUGUGCAAAGGCCAAGGACAGUUUCACAGGGCGAAGAAUUUCGACAAAGUAGCCAGCUUAUUAGAGAUGGCCGGACGGUAUCCCUUGAUGGCGGACAAAGACUUUGCCGUCCUUCUAGCCCAAGCAAGCUUGAGAGACGUUGAAGUUACAGAGAAAUCUGUCAUUGCAGCAGAGAAGAAGUUCAACAGCGAAGCGGAAGUUGAUCAGACGCCUGGCCGAAAAAAAUAUACUCCUCCGCCGAUGGAAACUCUGCUUUUAAGAGCUGUCAAUAAAGAGAAUAUCGAGGCAACGUACCUUUUACUCUGUCAAGAGAAAGUCCAAAUUACAGAAAAAAUACUUAUAUCGGCGGUGGAGAACGACGACAGCUCAGUAUUAUGGUGCUUACUUGGGAGAGAGAAAGACGAGAUACGGAUUACAGAGAGGGUAGUCAUAGAAGCGGCAAUGAGGAACAAUGAGUCUGUACUGCAGUAUCUUCUCGAGAGACAUGGAAGCAAGAUUCGCCUUACAGAAGAAAUUGUCAUUGCUGCAGCGGAGAAUCGGGAACGCUCUGUGUUGGUCUAUCUCCUUGGAAGAUGGAAAGACAGGAUCGAGAUUACACCGAAAGUUGCCGUCGCAGCAGCAGAAAACGAACAAUUUCCGGCGUUGAAAAUAUUAUUGCAAGCAAAAGGGACGGAAUUUGAGGUUACAGAAGAAGUGGUUGUGGCAGCAGCAAAUAACAGAGAAAAGUCGGUACUAGUUACUCUGUUGGAGGAAAGGGGGAGCGAAGUCCGAAUGACAAAAGAGGCACUUGAUGCGGCUCGAGGCAACGGUAAUGUUUUGGCAUUGAAACGCGUACUUGAGGAUGCGAGAAGAAUGGCCAGAGUGCGGGGGAGCUGGUGA